AAGACCAGAACUUAUAAAGACCUUAUAGCCAACCUUUUCUGCGCAGAAAUCAUUUCCAUAUAUUUUUCCGUAGUUGCUGGCUCAGACUUUCUGAUUUCCAAUAUCAACAGCAGUCUUACCAGAGCGAUCUUUUAUCAUCUCAAUACAAAAAUGGCCAACUCGAAACGAGGACAAAAAUAUAUGAUGAAAAAUGGAUUGUACUCGUCGUGUAAUGCUCGGCCGCAAUCUAGCGCGACACAUAUUUGCCUUCCAGUGCAUCUAAAAGCGAAUCCUUUUCGGAAGCUCGCUGCCUUUAUUUGGCUCGCCGCUUUUAUCCUGACGUUUUCCCAAUGCGGUGUUGAUGCAAUACGACUACAGGUGCACAAAGUAGACGAUAAAUCUACAGGAGCUGAAAAGCGAGGGGGAGGUGCUUCUCUGAUGGGGGGAUCGUUUCUGCAACGUGAACAAACAUAUACGCCACCCCAAGACAAUACGGUACUGCUCUGGGAUCCCAUUGACGACUACCGAUUUAAAAGCCGCGACAAAUUCUAUCCUCAAGAUGAUCAGUCAAUUCUAUCAGAACAGCCUCAAAUGCAACUACGCAGCGACCUAGUUAAUGACAGAGCCUACAUGUCCUCACGUGAUCUCCUCCUCAUCGGCAAAAAUAUCCUGGACAAAUAUGAAUCCAGAGCUCAUGCCAGGAACUUGCUGGACAAGCGAAGCAGCCGCGGGUAUAACUCAAACCCUUGGUACAAAUACUGAUAUUCAGAGCCUGGACGAAUCCCCGGGUCUUCAAUUAAAGGACAAACAACAGCAGCAGCCAUCAGUUGAUGAUGACUAGCUAGCAUACUAAAUUAAUCUAAUAACAAGGUUCCAAACGUUAUGAAUAUCAACAAUAUCAAAAUAUCAAGUAACCGUUCUUAUUCAAGUAAACGAUCUCUAAAUUCAAACUAUUGCUGAA